UCUGCUUCCCCGGCAAAGCUUCAGGAGGCCAUGGUCACUCUGUCCCCAAGUCUGCGCACACUCAAGAAAAGCAGGUAUCACUUGGAUGUAAAGUAAAAUGGCUAAAGUUGACACCCAUCACUCCUAUUCUGCUCGGCACAGACUGUCCAUGAAGGUUGCUGACGAUGAUACAUUAGACAAUGGAGUCAGCAGGACCCACUCACCGUGUGAGGACACGUCUUCUGAAUUGCAAGGAGUCAUUUCCAUGGAGACAGGAGGCCUGUCUGAAUCCCGAAGGAGCUCAUUCACAGGCAGUGGAGCAAUAGCUAGAUUAUCACAUUUCAUCUUAUCACUGACCUCCUGGGCAAGAAGACAUUUGCAUCGUGAAGAUGAAAGGCCUGAUUCUUUCCUUGAGCGCAUUCGAGGGCCAGAGCUCAAAGAAGUUGCCAGUAGAGAGAGCAAUGCCAACUCUGAAGAGGGAGGCCAGCUGAAAAAUCAUUGGGCUCUGGCCAGAUUUAAUAUCAACUACUCCAACAACACGAAUGAAGAAAAAAAAGAGGAAAAGAAUGAGGUUAAAGAGGAAAAAAAGGAGGAAGAAAAGAAAGAGGAGAAAAAAGUGGAAAAGAAGGAGGAGAAAAAAGAUGAUAAAAAGGAACCAGAGAAGAAGAGAGAUAUCUUUGUGAUGGAUCCUUCAAGCAACCUGUAUUACCAGUGGCUGUCUGUCAUUGCAAUGCCAGUAUUCUAUAAUUGGUAUAUGUUAAUAUGUAGAGCCUGUUUUGAUGAACUUCAGAUGGACCACAUGUGGCUUUGGUUCAUCUUCGACUAUUCCUCUGAUGCUGUCUACAUCUUGGACACUUUUGUCAGGUUUAGAACAGGUUUCCUUGAACAAGGACUACUAGUUCGAGAUGAAGAGAAGUUAAGAGAAAAUUAUAAAAAAACUUCACAAUUCAAAUUGGACCUACUGUCACUUGUCCCGACAGACAUACUGUAUUUAAAAUUUGGGCUGAACUAUCCUGAAAUUCGGUUUAACCGCCUUCUGAGGCUUUCUAGGCUAUUUGAGUUUUUUGACCGUACAGAAACGAGAACAAACUAUCCAAAUAUAUUUCGAAUUGGGAACCUUGUCUUGUAUAUUCUAAUCAUUAUCCACUGGAAUGCAUGUAUAUACUAUGCCAUUUCAAAGCAAAUUGGAUUUGGAACAGACAGUUGGGUCUAUCCCAAUGUGUCCAUUCCAGAACAUGGACAUCUGGCUAGAAAGUAUAUUUAUAGCUUGUAUUGGUCAACGUUGACAUUGACAACCAUUGGGGAAACUCCCCCUCCAGUGAAAGAUGAAGAGUUUCUGUUUGUGGUCAUUGACUUUCUAGUGGGAGUGCUCAUCUUUGCUACCAUUGUCGGUAAUGUAGGUUCUAUGAUUUCUAACAUGAAUGCUUCAAGGACAGAGUUCCAGUCCAAGGUUGAUGCUAUCAAACAAUACAUGCAUUUCCGGAAGGUCUCUAAAGAAUUGGAAGCCAGGGUUAUUAAAUGGUUUGAUUACCUGUGGACCAACAAGAAAACAGUGGAAGAGAGGGAAGUUCUUAAGUACCUUCCUGACAAACUGAGAGCUGAAAUUGCUAUAAAUGUCCACUUGGAUACACUAAGAAAAGUGCGUAUCUUCCAGGAUUGUGAAGCAGGCCUCCUGGUUGAACUGGUGUUGAAGCUAAGACCCACAGUCUUCAGUCCUGGAGAUUACAUCUGUAAGAAAGGUGAUAUUGGGAGAGAAAUGUAUAUUAUCAAAGAAGGAAAAUUAGCUGUUGUGGCUGAUGAUGGGGUGACACAAUUUGUAGUCCUAAGUGAUGGCAGCUAUUUUGGGGAAAUUAGCAUCUUAAACAUCAAAGGCAGCAAAUCUGGUAACAGGAGAACAGCCAACAUCAGGAGCAUAGGCUAUUCAGAUCUGUUUUGCUUGUCUAAAGAUGACUUGAUGGAAGCGCUCACAGAGUAUCCUGAUGCUAAACAGGCACUGGAAGAAAAAGGACGGCAAAUUUUGAUGAAAGACAACUUAAUUGAUGAAGAAGCAGCCAAAGCAGGAGCUGACCCCAAAGAUUUGGAGGAGAAAGUAGAGAGACUUGAAGUAUCUCUAGACAGUCUCCAAACCAGGUUUGCUAGACUCCUAGCAGAGUUCACUGCUGGUCAAUCCAAAGUCAAGCAGAGACUUAUAAAAGUGGAGAACAAAGUAAAGAAAUAUGGAAGUGGUACCUUGUCAGAGGAUGAGACUGAAAAGACUUAGGAGAAAAAGAAUUGUGCACUCUUUUAUCUUCAUUCAGCACAUGAGAGAGAUGAACACACAUGCAAAUAUGUAAACAUGGUUAUUUUUAUAUGGAUCAAAACAAUGCGCUUAUAGAGUUUUUAACAGAAGCAAUUGAGUUGUAUAUAGGAAAUUCGUAAAUUUUAUGUUUUUAGAAAGAGAUCUUCACAUACACCCCCCACCUUUUCUACUGGUAAAAUCAUGAGGCAUGAUCAAACCUCCUUGAAGGUAACUUCUGUGGGUCUGACCACAUGUAUUAUAUUGUUACUUCUGUAUUUGCUGCCGAGAGACUCUUGUGUAAAUUAAUAGUCUGAUGAAACAGAUCAUACACAUAACUAUUCUAGUUUUACAUUUUUCUACCUUGAAAUCAUAGCUGCCUCUCAGUGAAUAUAAUGUCUGGGCUUUUAUAGUAACUCAUCAUGUUCACUUAAAAAUAGAUUUGUAAAGACUGGUAUUAUAUUUUGCAGUCUUUUGCACCGUAACUGAAUUGUUUCUGUACUGCCAUGCUGCAGAUUUCAAGAUCUGUAUUUGGGUUUCAGUGUUCUCUUGCCAUUGGAAAGUCCAGAUGAUUUACUCUCAGGGUAUAUGCAUAACUCACACAGACAGGUUGCUGUAGAAGUGCCCUCAUCACAUUUGGUUCAGUCCUUUUUUCAGGACUCAUUUCAUAACAUGAAGAGCAUGGUCACAAUCUAGCCAGUGUUAAGAGUUUAUUAAUCCUCUAAAUUUCUAUUGGAAGACUGGCACAUGCUUAAAACAUUUCCAGGAUGGACC